UGCCAAAAGCGGAAUAAGUGACAAAAUAAAAGCUAGUUUUGGCAACUAUCUUAUCAGUUAACUAGCGACCAUUGGUAUGGAUUUGUGGCAUGAAAAUACAUUUGCUAUGACAUAAACAUUAGACUAUAAAUUGUCGGGGUCGUGACUGUGAAAUUUUAGUCAGGCAGCGCAGAGAAUACCCAACGGACAGCGGACCGCGAGUGCAAGAAAUACAAUGGAAAAUACAACAACAACAAUGCGCAUUGAAGAAAUUAGCUCAGAAACGAUAAGUGGUGCCACCACGAUAAAUGAAGAGAUAGAUAUAACCACAAUUGAAACACCACAAGGGAUACGUGAACAUCAUCAUCGCCAUCAUCACCACAAACAUCAUCAUCAUCGUCAUCAUCAGCAGACGAAGGAGGAGGAGGAGGCAACGACUUUGACCAUAACUGAUGUCAGUGACGAGCAGAAAGUUAUGGAGACUAAGCAGCUAGAAGAAGCAGAGGAAGAAGAAGAGCAGCACACGCAACACCAUCACCACCACCAGCAUAAGCAUAAACAGGCUGCACUACAGCUAAGCUUGCCACCACCACUGCCAGACAGCUCACCGCCAUAUCUAACGCCCACCGAGGAGGGGGAUCAGCUUGUAUGGCUAACAGAUUUGGAUGCUUCGCCACAACAGUCGAUGGCAUCGGCUGCUCAACCGAAUCCACCUGUAAUUCAGACACCGCCGUCACCCACCAACUUCAGGCGCAGUCAACCACCAGCCACCCCUUCGCCGACGGGUACUGUGAGGCAAACAGCGCGCAUAAUUGAGUCCCAGCUGCAUCUGUCCGCACCUCCAACACCAGCUGCAACCACUGAGCAGACAGUAGGGCCACCGGAUUCGAAUACGCCGCCUCAGCAACCGGCGCCCAAAACAGUUCAGCAGCAACCACAACAGGUGCCAUCCACACCCAACAGUUCGGGGUGGGUGGUGCAGAGACUGGCCGUCGUCAGCACACAACCAGCAGCAACAGGAGCGAGUCCACCACUAACACCAGUUACUCCACCAACGGCAAGUCCAUCAAGAGCGGCUGUUAGCCAAAUGGAGAUUAUUACAGUGACGCCGUUGCGAACGGCUGCACCACCUGCACCACCCAUGCUGCUCGUCGGCAAGGUAUCCGUGGACCACAACGACACGCGCAGCAAGAACUACAGAGUUAGCACGGAUUCCAGUGAGGCCGCAUCGCAGGGCAUCAAGAAGCGCUGCUGCUGCGCCAUUUGCUAGGCAACAAUGCAAAUCCAAACUGAGUUGAGUCUGUAAGACUAUACGGGAUUAGAUAGAAAU